AGCAUUCAAGGUGUCUUGGUAUGUACAUAUGCUAAAACGGCCCAUUAUUAUAUCACCAUUCUAGACUUUGGACAGGACCCAAGCACAAUGGCCACAUCAGAGGACGACUCAACCCGCCAGGAGCCCCCUAACCAACCGUUGGACGUCAUCACGGACCGUCCCUCGGAAGACACCACCCAGGAUUCAAGCAGCGACCCCCACAACCCCCACAAUCCCCCCAGCAAAGAUGAGGUGGACGGAAAGCCCUGUGUGGACUCCGUCGACUCGAAUGAUUCGUCCCUUGACUCCUGCCCGUCAGAAUCAUCGUCGUCCGGCUCAUCCACCAACGACGCAGCUUCGGACACAUCGGGAUCAGGGGUUUCGGAGGACGACCACGACACCAAAACAACCGAGCCGAAGACUUCUGACGCCGACAUUGAAAAGAAAACAGACACGGCCAAUGAGCAGCCGCCGGACGAAGAGCCGGGACCCGAUCCAGGCCGGUCACCCUCCGCAGGGGAGGGGACAUCAACUGAAGACGGCAAUCUGGCGGAUGAGAGCAUUAUCACGGACGCAGAGAGCCCUGGGAUAGCUCAAGACGCUGCGGAACAAGGGGUACAGGAACCCUCGGAUGAUACCGAUGCUGUCCUCAAUGCGAAACCAGAUCAGUAUGUCUCGGUGGCCUCGCAAACUGAUCAUGACCCAAAAUUUGACCCAGAGAACGACAAUAUCGUCGAGGACAACAAUCACGUGGAGGACGACAAUGCCCCGACCACAGACCAGGCCCCUGAUCCUUCACGGCCCGGAGACUCUCCAGAUGUCGGCAAUGACCCGGGUGGGGGAAACGGCGAAGCGCCGGACAGAUCCCCCGAACCCUCGGAGGCCGGAGACGCUCCAGAGGUCAAUAAUGACGAUGCUCCAGAGGUCAACAAUGAGUCCGAGAAUGACAAUGAGGCCGAGAACGACAAUGCCCGCGAAGUCGAUGAUGCGCCUGACGGCGACCGUACCCCAGAAGUGACGGUUGAACCAGGGCCGCCAUACGAAGACUCGGCCAUCACGACCCGGUUGCGGAAGAUGGAUGACACGUCCCCGUCCCGGGAGGAGUGGGUCCUUCGGAAAGAGAAAUCCGGCAAAGACAACGAAGCGCUGGACGGGCUCAUGCUGAAGUACGGACUCGAGGAAGUGAAGGCGCACUUCCUGUGGGUGUACGAUCAAGCGCAGACCACACUAGAUCAGGAGGGCACGCUAUGGGACUUGACCAACUUGCACGCAUGCUUUCUAGAAGGCGGCAAAAACACCAGAACCAUGGUGCUAAACCUCUACAUGAAGCUUCUACAGUCUUUGUCCCUGGUGGAAGCAGAUUUGGUAGCCCGCGGAAGCUCGGGCGAUUAUUUGGGCGACACAUGGGACAAUGCCACAGAAUAUGGAAAUCGAGGAAUCUUGCACGUCGAGACUCCGGAGUGUGCCGACUUCAAACCCUUGAAGUCCACAUUGGCGAGACGCUUCAAAAAGUCAAAAGCUGAGAAGCAACCGGUUGUCGUCUUUCACAUCCCAUACCCGGCUGAAGAGGCCACGGACUACAUACUCGAACCAGAAGACCAAGUGCCUUCGAUGCACGCGAUCCCAGUGCGGCAGACCCAAGACCAGAUGCUCGCAACGCUCACCGCGGAGAUGAAGGAAGAAAUCGUACACAAAACGGUUGAGGGGGGCUGGGAUGGACCCGUGUUCCAACGUUUCAUCCAGCGCGCCACUACCAAAGGGGAUUUGAGAUCCACCGACAUCGUCUCGAAAUCGGCGGAUGGGCUCGCGGCGCGGCGCAUAAAGAGAAGAAUAGCCGAGAACGAAGGCCGGGCACCGAAGCCGGCCGGCGACGUGUACUACACCAAAUCGGACCUCUUGGGCGCCACCGCGGUCGAGCUGGGAUACCAAAGCGCCGCCUGGGCCGAACUGGAGAAGAUGAUCGGCAUGGAAGACGUCAAAGAGUCCGUCCGCGAGCUCCUCGCCGAGGCCGCGCUCAGCCGCCGUCUCGAACUCGAGGGGAAAUCGGCCCUGGGCGCAUGGUCCAACCGCCGAUGCUUCAUCGGACCACCCGGCACGGGCAAGACCACGGCCGCCCGCUUGUACGGGCAGAUCCUCAAGGAGCUCGACCUCCUAGAGAACGACACCAUCAUCGAGAAGCGCGCGUCGGAUCUCGUUGGGGCUUACGUAGGUUGGUCGGAGCACGCCACACAAAAGGCGUUCAAGAAGGCCAGCGGCGGCGUGCUGAUCAUCGACGACUUCCACCUGCUCUUCCCCAACACCAUGCACAACACCAACGGGUCCGACGUCUUCCGCGCGGCCGUCAUCGACACCAUCGUCGCCGAGAUCGACCCCAACACCACCCGCAAGCAAGCCGUCAUCCUGAUCGGCUACCCGGAGUCCAUGACCGAAGCCUUCGAGACCUCCAACCCGGGCCUGUCCCGACGCUUCCCCAUGGCCCAAGCCUUCCGCUUCCACAACUACGACGACGCCGAACUCAAACAAAUCCUCCACCUCAAACUCGCCACCCACAACCUCACCCUCACCCCCACCGCCGCGCAGGUCGCCGAGGAGAUGCUCUCCGUCGCGCGCCACCGCCCCAACUUCGGCAACGGCGGCGCGGUCGAGACCCUGCUCCAAACCGCCCAACUCGCGCGCAACGCGCGCUGCGCCACCGUCGCCGUCGACGCCGACCUGGACCUGACCCUCCUCCCCUCAGACUUCGACCCGGACUGGCAGCGCGCGGCCGAGGCGGCGCGGCGGUGCGCGGCGCUCUUCCGCGAGAUGCAGGGGAUGGGCGGCGUGCUGGGCCAGUUCCAGGGCUACCAGGCCAUGACGGCGCGCAUGCGGGCGCGCGGGCUGGACCCGAGGCCGCAUGUCCCCUGGGCGCUGGUGUUUCGGGGCCCGCCGGGCACGGGGAAGACGACGGUGGCGCGCAAGAUGGCGCGGGUGUAUUAUGAUAUGGGGUUCUUGGCGGGGGCCGAGAUUGUGGAGUGUUCGGUCGCGGAUCUGAUCUCGUCGCAUGUGGGCGGUUCGGCGAAGAGGGUGAUAAGGAUGUUUGAGCGGGCGUUGGGCAAGGUGUUGUUUAUUGAUGAGGCGUAUCGGUUGGCGGAGGCCCGGGCGGAUGAUGCGAUUGGGGAGAUUGUGGAUUGCAUGACCAAGGAGCGGUUCUGUGGGAAGCUGGUUGUGGUGCUGGCUGGGUACAAGGAGGAGAUGGACGACCUGAUGCGGUGCAACCGCGGCCUGCGCAGCCGGUUUGCCACCAAUGUCGACUUCAAGCCCAUGAAGGCGGCGGAUGCUCUGCAGCUGCUGCAGACGCACCUGGCCAAGGUGGAUAUUGUCUUGGGGGGCAUUGCCCGGUCGUCCCGGGAGACCAUCCUUGACCUGCUAACGAAGCUCAGCCGGUCAAGGUCUUGGGCUAACGGGCGAGACGUGAUUGCGCUCUCCCGCACCAUCGUCCAGGAGGCGUACACUAUGGGGAAGAGCCACACGGAGAAGGACCACAAAGGUGACCAGGGGUCGAAGGACAAAGCCGAAAAACAGGACAAGGUGGUGUUCCAUGCCGACGAUCUGAUCUCGGUGCUGCGUCAAAAGUUGAGGAAUGCUAAGGAUGAAGGCGACAACGACAACUGA